CUCUUAACGGUUGGAGUUUGAGAAUGCAUUUUUUUGACACGGUGGUCUUGUAAAGUGGAAAAAAAAACCCCGUUAUAAAAUGGAACUUUCUAGAAACAAGGCUCGUACUUGAUAUACUUCACAGUUACUGGCGCUCCUCGGACAAGUUUAAACACGUCCUCUAUUGUCCAUGUGGGGAGUAUUAAAGCUGGAAUGUUGCAUUGUUCGGCAAAUUAGCGACGCGAGCAGAGCAAAAACUCGACCACCAUUUACGGUAAACGCCACCCCGACAUAGCAGGACGCAGUCGAUGCUGGGGAAACACGGCGUGGUGUUUUGAUAACAUUUAACCUCCCCGGGGGAAAGCUCCUUUCUGUUGCCACGGCAACGCGGCUGCGGCGUUUGGUGCUGGCGUCUGUGAGAGGGCGCAGCGAGAGAAGGGAACGACGGCGACUUCAUUCGCGAUCCCCGUGUGGGUCCUCAGGAUCCGGACAUGUUUCAGGACGGCGUCUACUACCCGUACAGCAGUGACACCCAGGGGAACCAUUCCUCGUCAGGAAUCCCAUCCCUCUUGAAUUCCCCUCUGAGCCAGCACUCCGGGAAGACACCCGUCAUGGCUCCGUCCAUCGCCACGCCCACCAUUCCGCCCUUCAGGUUCCGCGUGCGCAGGGAGAGCGUGGACUGGCGGCGAAUCCACGCCGUCGACAUCGGCACGGUGGUCAGCCAGCUGGACGUGGACGUUCUCCAGGAGCACGUCAACACCGUGACCUACUGCAGCCUGGAGGGGGAGCGCUGUCAGCGCUGUCAGAGCCCCGUGGACCAGGGCCUCAUCAAGAUCCUCCAGUUGGCCCAGCUCACGGUGGAGUGGCUCCUCCACUGUCAAGACUUCCUGAAAGUCAGCCUGCAGGCGGCGGAGGGGAAGCUGGCGAGCGCCGGCAUGCAGCAGGAGCAGCUACUAGCUCAUUUAAAGAAGCAGAAUGAGAGCAUGAAGGAAAUGAGUGCCGAACUUAAGAACCGGAAGAAGAUCAUACGCAAUCAGCAAACUAUGUUUGCGCCACGGAUCAUGAGCAGCCAAAAGUGCAUGUUUUGUAACAAGACCUUCCUCAACGCUUCCUUUCUCCAAAGUCACAUGCAGCGACGCCACCCUGAUGAGUCUGAGACACAUGUACAAUUAAACAGCGAGGAAAAAUCUCCGACCCAAGCCCUCAAAUCAGAGAUGAACAAUCUGAAGGAGCAGAUCGUGCAACAGCAACAGCUCUUGGAGGCUAAAACCUUUGAGAAUCAAAGGCUGCAACGACACAUGGAAGAGAAUGAGCUUCAGCUGAGAGAGAAUGAGAAUAAAUCGCUGAUCGAAAGCCUCAAACAGGAGAUUAAAAGUCUAAAGGACGUGGUUCAACACCAACACAUCCUUCAAGCUAAAACAGUGGAGGAGGAAAAGCAGCAAUCCAGGGACAAAGACAUGCAAAAAGCCUUAGAGUUGGUGCAGAUGCAAGCCAUUCAAAAGCUAGAGCACCAGCAAAAGCAGCAGGACAAAAAAUGGGAGUCCAGACUGGAGAAAAUGAACACACUUCAUGAAUCGGAAAAGAAAAAGUUGCAGAGCGAGCUGAGCAGGGUUGAGGUGGUUGUGUCCGAGCAGCAGGGGCAGAAGAGGCAGCUGCAGGAGAUGCAAAGGAGGCUGCAGGAGAAGGAGCAAACCAUCAAGACUCAGAGGGAGCAGAUAACGAAUAUUUCUUCAAAUCCGCCCACCAGAGUAGUCAAAGUCCCAGUCUUAGUCAGUGCACCAGCUCCAGCACCUGAGCCGAAACCAAAGAAAGUUGUACUGGAGGAGCCCAUCUCUGCUCCUCAGCUGGAUCCUAUACAGGAGCUGUCAGAAGAAGACUUGACCAGCAUCUCUGGGAUGAAACCACCGGAGGCCGAAAAGAAACACAGGGUGUCCGUUAAGAAGAACACCAACAAGAAAGAAAUCAGGCGGCAUCUUGAGCAGCUUGUAAUGACGGAGCUGGAGAGCCUGGGAGUAAAGCCGGAUCAGAGAAAACUGAAGACCAAAGAGUUGAAGUCCAUCCUGAUUAAUAGGAAUUCGACGCAGCACAACCUUGCAAAGCAAAUGCCAGACUUUUGGUGGCACCGAGAGAACAUAAACAGUACUUUGGACCAGAAGGUGGGCCUUAAAGGGAAGAGCAGAAACUCGGAACACCGCUCUCUGAGCAGAUCCAAGCACUCCGUUCAAGUGUUGGAGUCUCGGCCUCGAUCCAGCAGCUUACCCUCCAGGGCGACACAAGGUGUGUCUGAGGCGUUAGCCCGGCAGGUAAAGACACCCCAGCCAGCACCAAGAGGCAGGACCACCAGCCAACCAAAGACAUCUACUCCCAGCCAGAAAGCCGCUUUAAGAGACCACACCCCCAAGACCCCACCUUUCAGUUCCUUUGAGGAUUCCGACGUGGAGGACUCAGACAUGGAGGAGGAUGAGCCUCCUCCACUUCAACAGGGCAGAAUGCAGACCAGGAUGAAUAAAGAGGAAGCCAUCCAAAUCAGUGCAAAAAAAUCCAAUGUGAUCCAAGCAAGGCCACUUUCAGCCAGGCACUUGUCCUCGAACCAGCUCCCCCCUGGUGUGAUCCAGACGGCGGUUACAAAUAUCGAGAGUGACGACGAUGACCUGUCAGAAGUCAGUGAGCUGCAGGAGAUUGACCCUCGGCAGCUCAAGAACUUCCGAGAGCAGAAUGGCAACGCGGAAAAGACGAACUUUGCUAAAGACAACAUAGUCAGUGAAAUGACAAAGACACUCGAGAGACAAGUUGCAAAUCCGCUGUCAAAGAAACCAUUCGGGGGCGUCAGCAUCUUACCGCAGAGGAAGGACGAGGUUCAGGAUUUUGUGCCCUCAGAUCUGGAGACCAGCGAGGAUGCAGAUUCCUAUCUUGAGGACGGAAAAGGCCAAUUCCAAGUAUCUCACAACUCUGGAAAUGCGGUGAGGAGCCUGGACUCAGUCAGCACCAGCGUGUGGGACACCUCCCAGGGAAAGAGCCGAUCAGGUUUGAGUGACGGUGGAACAGGAAGCACCUUGAAGAGCAGCCUGUUCAGUGACACCUGUGACUCAGAGGACGUGAACAUUUAGCACAAGUAACACACUCAGGCAACCUCGGUCAAAAUCCCAAAGGACCCACAAACAACACACAUUCAUACCACUUAGCAAAACCUAGAACCUCAAAGAUUUCGAAAAAAUAAAUAAAAAAAUUCACGAAACAUUUUAUUAAUAGUAUUUUUAAUAUUACCUCAUGCCUGCCCUGUGCCAAAUGUUGAUGUUUUCAUCAUCAAAACUAAGGUACAAGUAGAUAACCUGUCUAAAAAUGUCCACCAUGUUUAUAUUCCCUUUUUUUUUUUAAUUCAGUCAUGAUGUACUUUUUCUAUAUAUGUUUUUUGUCAAAUACUUUUUUUUUAUGGCCCUAAUAAAUUCCUGGGGCUCGGUGGAGACAGCUCUGUUCGGUUCCUCUUACACCUUUUUUCAAAUUUAAGUCAUGAUGUAUUUUUCUAUAUAGAAAUAUUUUUUACAAGCAAUUCAACAUUUCUCGAUGACGUGCGAGAUUCACACGUGUGAAGAAAGUGAUUUUUAUUCAGAUUUUGAUACAUGUAUGUCACGUUUUAGUGGUCGAAAUGAGAGGAUUGGGAA